AUGGAGCAGGAAAAUAUCGACGGCAAGCUACGAAGUCGACUGGCGCUGCGAUCAGCCGUAGAAGAAGUCCGACAGAACCUCAAGGACGCGAGACAGGCCCGGAAAGAAGACUGGGAACUGGGACCCCUGGCCCCUAAGCGAGAUCUGGGCUUCAAUGACUACGGCGCCUUCAAGGAGAACGUGCGACAGGACUGGUCAAACUACGGCCUGCACCAGCCAAAUCCAAAGAUUGUUGAGCAGCGUUGCGCUUGGGCUGGAGGCGUCAAGCAGCUGAACCUUGCGCCUGGAGAUCGAGUGGUGAUUCAGGAUGGUCCGGACAAGGGAAAAAUUGAUCGCAUCAGAUCGGUUCAGCCCCAGGUUGGAACUGUCACCCUGGAGCACCGUCAUCAGGCUGUUGUCCAAGGCAUGUUUGGCAACCCCAGUCGACCGCAGCCAAUGCCGAUAUCCAUCGGAUCCGUCCGUCUCGUCUAUCCAAUUACGAACCCCGAGACCGGAGUCACCCGAGACGUCGUCAUCAACCAGCUCAAGGCGGUGCCCCCGAACAUGCAGUCCCGUAACAUGUCUCUCGACCGAUGGCAGUACGGAAAGAAGUGGGAUCGCGUGGUCCCCGGACUCAAUGUUGUGAUCCCCUGGCCUCAAGUUGAAGUACCCGAGUUCGAAACCAUGGCCGCAGACACCGUUCGAGAGCAAGUUGAGGACAGAUCAUUCUACUACGGCCUAUUGUCACCACCGAUGCCAGAGCAGGUCGUGGACGAGCUGAGAAACAAAUUCUCCAAAUUCAGAACAAGACACGAGGCAUGGUAUAUCGAGAAGAAGGAAACGGAGGAGGCUUUGAAGAAGGGACGACGAGAGACUAUCAAGGCUAUGCAGACGCCAUUGGAUGAGUUCCACGAGAAGAACCGGGAGGCCCGCGCAGAGGCUGGAGAACCAGAGCUGUCGGAGGAGAUGCUGGCCAAGAUUGGCGAGUUCAUCGCCAAGAAGAAGUCGACGGCUCUGGAAAAUGCUGGCGCUGCCGAGGUGGCUACAUCACCAGUUCCUCCACAAGACAAUCCCAAUGCGCCGUCACCAACUGCUUGA